AUGUCUUCCCACGAUGACUAUGCUUCACGUCCGCGCCGAGACCGUGCUCGAUACGACACUGACGGCGGUCUCCGCUACCCCGAUGAUGAUGACUUGGCCGACCCUCGAAAGUCGGCUCCCCGCCAUCCUCGCUACGAAUCAUCCCCUACUCCAAUCGACCCUCGUGACGGACCACGGCGGAAGAAAGACGUUGACCCUCGAGAUGUUGAGCCCAAAGCCGCUCGUGAUGUGAAGGACGACCCUCCCCGAUAUCGUGAGGAUGGGGAUCCUAGGCAAGGCAAAUCCAACACUGCUGCACCAAGGAGAAGACGAAGCUUCGACGAUGAAGACGAUGCAGCUCGUCGGGACCCAAGAAAUGGUAACGGAAAUGGAGUGGCCUACGGUCGUUCCAAAGGAUACCGCGAACCCAUUCCGGAACCAGACGUCGUUGACCGCGAGAACCAUAAAGCUCGGUCGGCCAGACGCAGAGACUAUGACGACGAUUUUGAACCGCCUCCACCCCGCCGCGCCAACACACAGAGGGAACCAGACCGUCGCCGUCGAGACGAUCCUUACGACGACGAGCCACCUCGACCCCGUCGACACCGCAGUCCAGAUGACAGAUACUCAGACCGCGACCGAGGAUAUAGAUCUGAUCCUCGAGACGCUCCGCGACACAGAAAGGAUGAUGAUUAUUACGAUGACCGCAGACACCGUGGUGGUGGUGGCUCCCGUCGCGACGAUGGCUAUGCCUCGGAUCGCGGACGCUCCGACCGAGACAGGGUGAGGGACCGCGAUCGUGACCGAGACCGAGACCGAGAUUACCGUGACCGUGACCGUGAUCGCGACCGAGACCGGGACAGAGAUCGCCGGCGCUACGAAUCUGACCGCGGCGGAGAUCGUCACCGAGACCGGGAUCGUGACCGAGAUAGGGAUCGCUACGACAGUCGAGACCGUGAUCGUGACCGUGACCGAAGAGACAAGAAGAAGGGAUUUUCACUCGACAACAUCAAUGAUCUAGUCGAACAAGGCCAGAAACAUUACAAGACCCUGGCUCCGGUCAUCACCAGCCUGACCAAGAUGUACAUGGACAACAAGAAAUGA